UGAGCAGUACCGUAUUACUUUUUGAUUGUAUCGAUACUUGUUUAGGAAAUGCUGGUGCAAAUGGAAAAAGAGCUUCCAAGCGAGACUCUACUGAAAGAAAAAGCCAGGUUUCUGAAUCUCCUAUCUCUGCUCCUGUCCAGCCUGAGAAUACAUGCGGCUGUGAAGGUCAAGAUACUCAAAGAAUUGGAUCGUUCAGAAAAGAUUCCGCCAGUACAAAAGAACUGGUGAGUGAGAGAGUUGAUAGUAGUGAGACAACGUUGAAAACUGGCAAUGAGAUCAAUAUAGUGCCAACUAAUGCUGGAGCAGACAAUAUUGAGAUGCAGAAUUGUGGAGAAGGUCAGAGGAGAUCGUCUUCCUCCCAGAGGAGAAGCUCUACUCAGCUUGAAAAUUUCGAUCAGAAUAAGGCACCAAAUCCUGAAAUGUCUUGCUCUUGUAACUCUCAGAAGCGUGAUACGAUCAAGGAUGAUUUUGAAUCUACUUCAAACAAUAAUGCACAACAGGAUGAUUGCAGUACUGGACAAUCUAUAAAAAGUGUUCCUUCACCACAUAAUUUCAGAAGGAGUUCUACCACAGGCAAAAAAAGCUGUACUUUCAAGUUACCAGGAACCGUUUGUGAAUUGCCUGAUGAAGAUUGUGAUAAUGCUAUACAAGAGUUUGCAAAUCAGGAUUUGAUGAAUGCUGAGGAGGAAUGUGACGAUGAAGAGUAUGAUUAUGCCAAUGGAAAGAGAGGGCAUUACAAGCCAAUCAAAUAUCGCAAGAACCCUACCACUGUUACGAAUCUCAGAGAAAAGAUCCAACAGUAUGUUAGAAACAGACCUGAUCAGUUGAAGCCUGCUCCAGAAAAAUUGACACCUUACAGGGAUCCAGUAUUCACUCAAUGCUUUGAGCCUAUUGAUGAAGAACUUGAGAGACAGUUGAAAGAAGAAAGAGAAGCUGCUAAAAGACUGGCGGAGGAGAGAAAGCUGGAGUCUGAGGUUCAAUGCUACAAGAAGGUGAUCCCGUUCACUCUGCCCUGUAAGACCCAGCUGGAGUACUUGGAGUGUCUGGGAGCAAGUCCUUUGGCCCGGGUUAAGUACCUCGAGUACUCGAAACUGAUGAAGGAGGCCGAGUCCUAUAGGAGGCGGAUGCCCUGCGACUGGUCCUGUGAACAGCAGAGGGAGUACCUCGACUGCAUGGGGGUCAGCGACGAGGUUAAGGAGGUGCUGGCUUGCACUGAGGAUGAUGACCUGCAGGAGGAAGGGAAUCGAGGGUCGAAAGCAAAUCGAGGGUCGACCGAUAAUCGAGGUUCGUCCUGUCCUGAUGGCAAAUGCCCUGCUCCAGGAAGUUUCGACCGCAUUUCAGCCCAACAAAACGCCCACGAAGCACCCACCUCCUUCACCCGUGCCUCCUCCGACACCCUGCCCUUCAGUCCCCCCAACUCCUUCCUUUCACAUUCGAUAUCCUCUCAAGGUCAAGCCUUUCAAGGUCAAUCGUCCGACCUUGGCAACAUGAUUCAAAAGUGCAAGAACGAAUUCCGCGCCUCGGGUCUCAACGUGGACCGUCCGCCUGCCUCUUGCAAAAACGCUGACAAUGCAAGGUCAAGUCGGAGCAAGAGAGAGAGCUCGGCCUACGGAGAGAGAGAGAGUGAUUUCUUCGCCAAAGAGAUGAGUAGUGUAUCGGUGGGAGAUGGGAAGGGUUACGGUGAGAGAGGAACUGGUAUGGAGGAUGAAGCGACGGGGAACUAUGACGUCACCAAGAGCUAUGACGUCACAAAGAGCAAUGACGAGAGAAGGAGCUCUGGAGAGAGACAGAACUAUGGUGUGAUGGGAAAGGGCUCUGAUGCUUCAGGAGAAAGAAUAAGCUCGUACAAUAAGGGUAGUUCAGCUCAAGUUGAAAGAGGAAGUUCAAGGGCGCAGGCUUCAUUUCAACAGGGGGAGUAUUUUUUGGAAGAAGACGAUGAGGACCCUUCAGACACAGAAUCGGAUCUGAACAACCCUAUGUUUGGCAAACAGGCUGAAGCACCCCCACCAACUAUGGCCGAAGAAAUGAUUUUGUACAAACGACAUCUGGCUACCAUAAGGAAACGAUACUUUGGUGCUCUGUGUAAAGAGAUGGAGAAUGCGGAAACGAUAACCCCAGAUAUAGCGGCGGCAAUGGUGUACAGCGGCGAAUUGGGUCUCUCAAUGAAGGCAGCUCCCGAAAAAGUGUAUGACUUUCUGUACCCAGAAGCCCCUGGCAAUGAGACAAUCACUAUAGCCGACGUCAUGACCAAUCUUCCCAAAGGACUUCAUGAUAUUGUGGUACCAAUAGUGCCUCCCAUAACAAUUGAGUCGCGGAACUAUCCUGAUAUGGAAGAUCCAGCUAUGCUAGACUCGCCCAGAGUCAUUCAGAUUGGACCUGCUCUAAAUCUCAUUGAUGAACCUGAAGUGAAAGGCCUGCUAGACCCGAUCGACAUCAAGGAGCUGGUGACCGGUCACACGAGCGCCAACUACCUGGAGCUGAUGUUCCCCGAGGUGGCUGACAUGCAGCUGGAGGAGGAGGAGGAGUCCGAGGAGAAGGCACUCGAGAAGGCUCGCGAGGAGAUGUUCAACAUUGAGCUGGUUGGCUCCUUGCCACAGCACUUCUCGCAAGUUCAAAUGCGCGGCACCAUUCCGCCCAACUGGUUCCCAGGUUACUGGACCGCCAGCCCCUCCAGGGAAGGUGUUUUCAAGAGUUCGAGACCGUCCGAGGUGAUGGAAUACAUCUGGGAAGAAAUGCAACCUGAGAGAGUCAGACCUGCUGGAGCCGCUUACAUUAUUGGAAAUUAAAAUUAUUUAUUUUUUGUUUAGUAGCCUAAUUUAUUGUCCUGUCCAAAAUAAUAAAAUGUGCUUGUCUUAGUUCAAA